AUGUUGGAGUCCGAGCUGGGGAGAAAGUGGGACGGGUGCAUGGCCGAUGCGGUACUGAAGCUAGGUACUGGUUUUGGAUUAGGAAUUAAAGGAAUUGUUUUCUCUCUCACCUUCUUCAAGAGAAGAAUGUGGCCAUUAGCCUUUGGUUCUGGCGUGGGAUUGGCGCUGGCCUACUCCAACUGUCAGCAUGACUUUUAG